GGCGCCGCCCUGUGCUCCGCAGCAGGCAGACAGGCAGGGCGGGCGGUGACGCGCCGGCAUCCGGAAGUCGCGGCGUCUUCCGGUGGGGCCAUCAGGUGCAAGCCGGGUCUGCCGCUGCGGGCUGCGCUGGCGAGGCGGGCCGGGAGUCGCGCGCGGGCGGCGCGGUAAGAGCGGGGCAGCGACGGCACCGCCACCAUGAAGAAGCAGUUCAACCGCAUGAAGCAGCUGGCCAACCAGACGGUGGGCAGAGCUGAGAAAACGGAAGUCCUCAGUGAUGACCUGCUACAGAUCGAGCGACGUCUUGACAACGUGAGGUCUGUUUGCCACAAUUCCUGUAAGCGGCUCGUGAUGUGUUUGCAAGGACAGUAUGGAACCGAGGCUGAAAAGAGACACAAGAAGCUUCCCCUCACGGCGUUUGCUCAGAACAUGCAGGAAGGUUCCCAGCAGCUCAGCGAGGAAACACUACUGGGGAAAAUGCUGGAGACUUGUGGAGAAGCGGAGAAUAAACUUGCAAUGGAACUCUCUCACCAUGAGAUGCAGGUUGAAAAGGAUGUUUUGGACCCACUGAAUCAACUCACCGAGAUGGAAAUCCCCAAUAUUCAGAAACAGAGGAAGCAGCUUGCUAAGCUGGUCCUAGACUGGGAUUCUGCAAGAGCUCGGUGGAACCAAGCCCACAAAACCUCAGCUACUAACUUCCAAGGGCUCCCAUCUAAAAUAGAUUCCCUUAAGGAGGAGAUGGAUGAAGCGGGAAAUAAAGUAGAGCAAUGCAAGGACCAACUUGCCGCAGAUAUGUAUAACUUCAUUUCCAAAGAAGGGGACUAUGCAAGACACUUUAUCUCGUUAUUAGAAGCCCAAGCAGAUUACCAUAGAAAAGCAUUAGCAGUCUUAGAAAAGGUGCUCCCCGAAAUCCAGGCCCAUCAAGACAAGUGGACUGAAAAACCAGCUUUCGGGACCCCCCUGGAGGAGCAUCUCAAGCGUAGCAGCCGAGAAAUCGCCGUCCCCAUUGAGGCCUGUGUGAUGAUGCUUUUGGAAACAGGCAUGAAGGAGGAGGGCUUAUUCCGCAUUGCUGCUGGAGCCUCCAAGCUAAAGAAGCUGAAAGCAGCGCUGGAUUGCUCCUCCUCGCACCUGGAUGAGUUUUACUCAGAUCCUCAUGCCGUGGCUGGGGCCCUGAAGUCCUACCUGAGGGAGCUGCCAGAGCCACUGAUGACCUAUGCCCUGUAUGAAGAGUGGACCCAGGUUGCAAACAUCCAGGACCAGGAUAAGAAACUGCAAGACCUGUGGAGGAUUUGCCAAAAAUUGCCAAAGCCUAACCUGGCCAACUUCAGGUAUUUAAUCAAAUUCCUUGCAAAACUCGCACAGUAUAGUGAUGUUAACAAGAUGACUCCUAGCAACAUUGCCAUUGUGCUGGGCCCAAAUUUGUUGUGGGCCAAGAAUGAAGGCUCUCUUGCAGAAAUGGCAGCAGCAACUUCAGUGCACGUGGUUGCCGUUGUUGAACCCAUCAUCCAGCACGCGGCCUGGUUCUUUCCCGAAGAGCUGGAUUUCAAUGUGUCUGGAGCGUUUGUGGGGCAGCCGGCUGUGUACUCCAACCACCUUCCUGCUGGGGGUGACUAUGAUUCCGGGACCCUGGAGCGGAAGAGGCCGGUCAGCAUGGCUGUGAUGGAAGGGGAGCUCCUGAGAAAGGAAAGCCUAAGGAAGAUCCAGAGGUAAUGUACAUGCUGUCCUUUCCUACCCACUGUGUUCCACGCAUGAUAGAAGCCCGAGGGAGAUCUGGUGCUGCGGAAGCAGCAGGAACAGACUCCCCUUGGGAUCCGCGUAGGGCCCACAAGGAGGUGUCCCUGCCAGUCAGGACCAAGGAAGACUGGCAGCCCUCGUGAUAAACGAUUACAGGCUCCUGAUCUCCUGCAGCCCCUGUUUAUAAUCCAUGACAAUCCAAAGCUCGUUUGUGACGCCAGUCGCCUUCCCUGAAAUUCUAUCGUGUCUUUGGAACACCAAAUUUCAGACUGGAAAUUUGCUGCGACUUUAGUUUGAAGAGUGCUUAGCACAUGUCGUUUCUCUGCGUGCUUUGGCCUUCCCUGAACUCUGUUGUAUCCUGACUUCCAGUGUGAGCUACUUAGCUUUUCCUUGCCUUACUAGCAGCUAGACCAGGGAUCUCAAACUCCCAGCCGAGGGGCCACAAGCGGUUGAAGUGCAGGCGUCCUAAAGUUGCCAGGGUUGAGAAAGACUGACUUAGAGGCAAGGCUGAGUCUGCCAGCUGGCAGAGAUGGCCCCGGCCACCUUCAUGGCAGCUACUGAGUCCGCUGGCUCUGGGCUGAGAAGGAAGGGUCUCCCACGCUCCCAUCCUGCAUCCAGGCCCUGCCACUGCCUGCACAGGUGUGCCGAAUGGGAGGAGGUGCCCCAGAACACAGUAGGGGGAUCUCUCCUGGGAGGUGAGAGGGAAGUGAGCUGUGGCAGCUCUUUGGAAAAGCUGCCUGGGAUUUCAGUGGCCCCCUGCUACAGGAAAGGGGCCGGGGCCUUUCCCACUGCCUCCUGGCCAUGCGCCAUGCACAAACCCACCACUGCACACGGGAGCCCCACCUUCGGUAGCUGCCACUGCACAGCCCCUCAGCUGUCAGCCAGCCAGUUAGCCAAAAUGAAAUGCAGUGAAAUGGCUGUAGGGUGUGUGUGUGUGUGUGUGUGUGUGUGUGUGUGCGUGUGUGUGUGUGGUGUGUGUGUAAUAAAGGUCUGUUUUCUGGCAUAUGUGAACCUCUUUCUUCAUGAAAGAGUUUUUAGAAAAUUAAAGUAUGCAAAGACUUCAAUGACAAUCUGAGUUUGAGGUCCCUGAGCUAGACAGACAUUUGUUCUAUGUGCUCUACACUGGAUUCAUCAGUAUUUUAGUUUCCAUGUUUUUGUUUCUGCACAUUAACUGGGGUUGUGUGUAUUCUGGACUUUUACAAAUUCAAACAUCUAAAUCAAAAAAAUGAAUAAUUAAGCCGCACGUAUUAUGCCAAUUUAUUUAUUUACCUUGACCUGUUUUAAAUCAUUUUGCUGCCCGUAAAUCUGGGAAAGGGAAACAAAUUCUACAGGGCACCAAAGUCUGGGGUACAGUUUGUGCCCCCCUGUGCUGAGGGCUGGAUUGAUUAUUUAUUUAUUUAUUAAAUGAGUGACUCUGGGCAGCUUUCGUGUCUCUGCUGUUGUUGUGGCUGCCAUUUUUAUUGCCGUGACCGCCACUGAAUACACACAGCCUGGCCAUUAAUAUUUAAAGACAGCAUGUCUGUGACUUAACCAGGGAUGUUCUCAGCCAGACUGUUCCAGGCAUUUGGACCACAGGGGGAUGAUACCAAAAAGGCCCUGUGGAUGGAGCUGCCUUGCAGCCAAUGAAGUCUCCCAGAUUUCCGGGGAAGGGAAAUCUUUUCAAACCCCUGCAGAAUUCCUGGGGCUGCUUAAGGAGGGAUAAAGUGGGUACAUACUGGUCUGCCCAAAAAUAGAAUGGUCCAGUAUGGAUAUAUUGUGUCUCUGCAUUACUCUCACUCUCUCUGUCUCGCACGCACGCACGCACACACAAAACGAAAUGGAUGUUGAAUAAUCAGUCUUGCUGGUCCUCAAUGCCUGUUGCACUCUUCCUGGCUGAGCCAAAGUGCAUUGCACUUUUCAAACUCUGGCUGGCAGAGUUUGCGUAUUCCUUGUUGCUUAUUUGCAUGGCCAGCAGCAGGAACUCGCCUUCCGUCUCCCCAAGUAGUUAUACUUACUCUUGUUGUGUUCGCGUGUAGCCCGUCUGCAUGGAGUGUUUACUCUCUCUCUC